AGGGAAAGACGAGGGUUGUGGAAGAAGUAACGAGAACUGCGCCUGUUCCUUCCACACCCGCCCACCCUUCAACUUUGGCCCUGGAGUUCGACCUUUUUCGGAAAUCUCUGCCGCCACCGACAUGGGACUCCGGAAAAAGAAUAAGAGCCCGCCGGUCCUGAGCCAUGAGUUCGUCAUCCAGAACCACGCGGACGCCGUGUCUUGCCUAGCCCUAGGCCUCCUCCUGGGGCUCAUGUUCGAGGUUACAGCCAGAUAUGCCAUCAUGUUUAUCACAGUUCAGUACAAUGUUACAUAUACUACAGAUGACCGGCCUGAGCCACUUCAUUUCUAUGAGUAUGGUCCAAAAGACAUGGCCACCAUCUUUUUCUACAUGCUUAUAGCCAUUAUUCUGCAUGCAGUGAUUCAGGAAUACAUACUAGAUAAAAUUAAUAGACGUCUCCACUUGUCAAAAACAAAGCAUAGCAAAUUCAACGAAUCAGGACAACUAGCAUUUUUCUACUUGUUUUCAUUUGUCUGGGGAACAAGCAUUUUGUCUGCAGAAGAAUUUGCAACAAAUCCAACUCUGUUGUGGAAGGAUUACCCUAAUUCUCGAAUGUUCUUUCAGGUAAAAUUCUUCUAUAUCUGCCAGAUUGCCUACUGGCUUCAUGCACUGCCAGAACUCUACUUCCAAAAAAUUAGAAAGGAAGAUAUUCCCAGACAGUUGCACUAUGUUUGCCUUUAUAUUGCCCAUAUAUCGGGUGCCUAUGUAUUGAAUCUUCAACGUUUGGGGCUAAUUUUGCUGGUGCCUCAUUACCUUGUGGAACUGAUUUUUCAUGCCUCCCGCCUUUUCUACUUCAGCGAUGAGAAUAAACAGAAAGGAUUUACCCUUUGGGCUCUACUUUUUGUAAUGGCUCGUCUCCUGACCUUAACAUUGUCAGUUCUCACAUUUGGAUUUGGUUUGGCAAGAGCAGAAAAUCCUGGUCUUUCCAUAGCAGAAGGAAACUUCAACAUACUUACUAUUAGAAUUGGCUGUCUGGCUGCAAUUUGUUUGACUCAAGCUUGGAUGAUGUGGAAAUUCAUCAACUUUCAGUUAAAGAAAUGGAGAGAACAUGUACAGAAUCAAAUUCCUAAGAAAAAAGCAACCAACACAAAGAGUAAACCAGCAAAAAAGGAACCAAACAGAGGUAACUUUGCCAAUGGAGCGGUAAAAUUUGAAGAGGGUACAUCACCGAGAAAAAGGAAAUCAAAACUUUUGUGA